GUGGCUGAGUUUACUGAUCAAGCGUGCGGCGCCAAAGCCCUGCGACAGAAACCCGAAACACAGAACGAGGAAUUACAGAGAUAAUCUCUCAUUUACCGCUAAAAUAACCCUUAUAUCGUACAGUUAAGGCCUUUUCCUGUUGGGGGAGGCUUCAUACUGCACCAGUGAGUCACAUUUAUAAAUGUUUUAUCUGGAGUCUUCAUGUUGAUCCACUUUAAUUUACACUAAGAAGUAACGUUAAAAUAAAGCUGUUAAAUAAAGUUAUAUAUUUAAUAAUGUGUAGCCUGGAGUGAGAGCAGGGUUAAACAGGAUUAUCUGAGACCUACCUGUAGCCAGUUAAGAUAACAAAAGGCCGGAUUCUGGCUCGGGAAGCAGACUGUCAUGCCUGAGUCUAAGUUUCCUGCAAGAUCACAACACUGACUGUUUUGUUCGUUGUUCCAUGGAGAGUAACUGCUCAUCCUUGCUGUCAGCUGUCUGUGAAGUGCUGCCUAAUCCGAAACUUCUGCUUCCUGAUGACACGUCUUUAGAGAAGCUUCUGGACUGGUUCAAAGACCUGAUAAAUCACAAUGAUGGGCAGUAUAUUAAGCAUUAUCAACCAUGUCUCCUGGAGUUCCUGCACACAAUGACAAAAUCUGAAGCAGUAGAUUCUACUGUCUUUUCAUUCACUCUUAAACUCACUGGGCUUUUGGCAUCUAAAGAGGACAGUUUUAACUGGCUUCAGGAGAGAGGAGUGUUGCUGCACAUGUUUGAUCCGGAUAGCUGGCAUGAGAUUGAACUUUGGAAAAAUGCCUCGGUACGUGGCGGUUGGCUGCAGGGACUGUGGAACAUGCUGCAGUACCAACAAGCCGUGGGAUUUUUCUGUAAAACUGGGCUCAUCAAGCUGCUCCUCUCUCUACAAAAUGAUGAAAGCUUUUUCCUCUCCUCUUUGACCAAUCAGAUUUUAGUACACGUUUUAAAUUUGGUCACCCUGCCAGUGUUGAGCAGCAGUAUCGAGAGUGAUGCUCAGACCAGGCCUCCUGUCAGCACUGACUGCAGAUCAGUUACAGCAGAGGUAAUGAGCCAUGUGACCAGGUCAUUAUCCUCAGAGGAGCAGGCAGCUGUGGCCUCAGGUCUGCGGCUGCUGGCUGUAACUGUUGAGCAGUGCAGAGACCCUGUGAAGGGACAGCUGUGGGAACAUGCUCUGGAACCUCUGGAAGUCCUGGUAAACCUGCAUGAUGACUCAUUAAAUCUGUCUGUAAUGGCCGUUCUUCAGGCUGCUGCAAAGAGUCCUUUUUUUACUAACCCAGAGUAUAAAGCGGAGACACUGAUUGAUGCCAUGUUGUAUUCAAAAAAUACAAAUGAAUCAUUGCAGUGUGCAGCACUAAUCCUACAAGUGGACAGCUGCCCUGACCAUUUAAAAAAGAAAGCAACAGAUGUGAUUGUCCGUCCUCUACUGUGUGUUACUGCAUCCUCUACAAUAGUUCAGGAUGGUUGUGAUUCACUCUUGGCAAAUCAGUUAUCCCAGAAAGCCUCCUGUGUCCCUCUGCUUACUCAGAGUCUGUCCAGCAUUGCUGAUUUUGUGUGCAAGAAUUCUUUGGAUGAUGUCCCUAUUCGAUCAAUCACUUCCUCUGUGAUACAACUUCUGAAGAUGUGCAUUGGCCAUCAGCCCUCCACUUUUCUACGGACUGCAGCUUCUCAUGUGAUUGGCUGCUGCAAAAUACAGAAGUACAGCUUAGAUGUUUUGCAGAGCCUCGCUGAUUCUAAAGAGAGUGUGGACUUCCUUCAGGAGGCUCUUACUGUUCUUCUGCUGUACCUGCAGUGUCCUGACACACACGCCACAGUUUUUAAGAAAACAUAUCAAGCCGUUCUCAAAUGGCUUGGUGUAUCUUCAUCCUCACCGACUGUACUGGAGACAAUAAGUCAUGAUCUUUAUCCUUUACUGAAAAAGCUUGUGUGUGAUGGACGAUGGGAAGUGAGAGAUUCUACGCUGGAGUUUAUCAUGCAGCUCACUGCUGCGUUUAAAGGAAAUCCUGAAUAUAAUGAAGCUUUUAGGAACAGUGGCAUGAUCUCAGUGCUGUUAAUCUCACUGUCAGAUGGGGAGAGCUACGUCCAAGCAUCCGCAGUGUCUGCUCUGGGAGAGGCGUUAACGGACACGCCGCUCUGUGCGAGCUUUCAGGAGGAAGCUGUGACACAUCUGCUGAGCAUUCUCUCUAAAGAUGCGGAGAGCUUCCCUCGUCGUGCUGUGAUGAAAGUCUUCACAUCCUGGUUAAAAAGCCCGCUCUCUUUCACUGGAUUGGACAACCACCUGAGCUCAGUACUGUCUCUGGGUAGCAGCGACUUUGACUGGGAGGUGAAAGUUCAGACACUGGAGAUUGUGGACAUGUUGAUGGAUAAUUCACUGAGCUGCUCCAGAUCUUCUCAGGGAAGGGAAAGCAUGAAGCAGCCGCUCCACAGGCUGAUGGGAUUGGGGCUGUUUGAUUUGCUGUUGAAAUGCUUAUUUGACUGCGACAGACCCGUCUCUCAGAAAGCCUGCGCUCUCCUGAUUAAGCUCAGAUCAGUUCUGAGAGAGACAGACAGCUCUGAGCACAGUGAUGAUCUUACUCUGGACAUCAGCAGCUGUAGCUGGGGGGAGGAAGUGCUUCAGAGGUUCCACAGGAAACAGCAGCCUGAAGAGUGGAGUUCUGUGAAGAAUGGAGCUCCUGACUCUCUGAAGAAGAUCCACCUGUGUGAGAUUUUAGAGUUAUUGGAACUGGAGGACAUGCAGUGUAUUUUAUCACUCAGCAGUGAUCAUGUGAUUAAUUCACCCCGAUCUGUAAUGGAAGAUAUUCUGUCUGCGGCUCAGCAGAGUGAACUUAAUGUAGUCGACUGCUAUUGAAAACGGCCACCUCGUUAUUCAUUCAUAUCCUUAUAUGAAGGAUAUGAAUAUAAUCCUAUAUUUUUUGCACCAGGCAAAUUAUUAAUUACGGCGAAGGCUUUAGUGUAGUGCAUCUAAAACUGUGUACAUCUUCUGUUCUGUACUGCUUGAAAAAAGUGAUGAAAUUAAUGCAGGAUGAAUGUACAGUUUUCUAAUCUUUUUCUAUAAAAGGUGUAUUCUGAAUGCAGCCAUGUUUCUGGCUAAAGUAUUUUUUUUUUUUACUAUUUUUAAAUUACCAAUAAACGAUUAUUGGAGAUUAA